UGAAACGUGUGAGCCAGAUGGAAAAGGCUCAAAACUGAGGCAACGAAGCUUUCAUUGUGAUAUACAGAAGGGUUGGGAUAACCUUAAAAACUCCGUGUUAUACCAGCUCCGUGUCCUGGCGAGAGUUGAGAAUCAACGUGUUAAUUUAACAUCAGCAAGAAACCUUUUAGCGUCUGUUUUGAGGCAUUAUGAGUUCGCGUCUUUUAUGUUUAUCUGAUCUUGUUUCUAUCUUAUUAAAAUUGAUCUUCAACGUAUAUGGGAGAGCCCAUUAAACAACAUGAUCAGGUAAAAACUGAUUAUAUUGUUAAUGCUCGACGUUUCAAGCUGUGCUGGUGGUCAUAACCCAACGUUUCUUUUUUCAGCAAAGGCCUGCUCAGCGUAGGGAGGUGGCAACAAAUCCAUAUAGGUCGCUGAGACCCUUUAAAUACAUGGUGCGUCACGUACCGCGCAAAUGCAAACUGACCCAGAGAAAUGUACCGAUGACGCAGUCUCCAACAAGGACGAGUUUCCGAAUUUCGCCCGCACGUUCCCGCCAGAGACGCAGGUGACCAAGUCGGUGGUGGCCCUGCUGCAGUACUACAACUGGUACAAGUUCUCCAUCGUCGUGUCCAACACGGCGCAGCUGAAGAAGAUCGCCGAGUCCCUGGAGAAGCGGGCAACAUCGGAGGGCAUGGAAAUCAAUCACAAGGUAGUGAUUCCCGGGAGCAGUGGCUGCUGCAAUAAGCUGAACGACUGCGAAUGCGGCAGGAUCUUCCCCGACAUCGUCAAGAAAACCAAGGAUGGCACCAGAAUUUAUGUGUUCCUGGGAUCGCCGGACGAGGUGCAGGAGAUGCUGUACACCAUGUCGCUCUUCGGACUGCUGGAUGGUCGCUACAUGGUCAUCUACAUCGACCUCGAUUAUUCAUACUCGGAGCGGGACACCUUCAAAUACAUGUGGCGCGCCAACGAGAUGUGGGAGCUGAUCCGCAACCAAGACUACCACUGCCAGUGGGCUGACUGGGGGCUACUGCGCGGUCUGCUGGUUGUGCUGGCCACGCCGCCGCAGGGGGAUUACCACUACUUCACCGAGCGCGUCCGCGAGUACAACAAGCGACCGCCCUUCAACAUCACCCAGCCCGACUGGUGGAUGUUCAAAAAGCACAUCGGCGUGGUGGCGGCGUACCUGUACGACUCGGUGAUCAUGUACGUGGAGGCGCUGCACCGCACGAUAAGCGACUACCCGAGCGUGCCGCUGAGCCAGAUCAUACACAACGGCUCCCAGAUCAUCGCUCGCAUCCGCAACCAGACGUUCACGAGCGUGAUGGGGUCCGUCAUCAAAAUGGAUGACAACGGCGACUCGGAGGGCAACUUCACCGUGCUGGCGCUCAGCGGCAACUGCAACAUGACCAUCCGCUACGUGAGGAGCCACAACUACACCCUCAGCUGCCACAACUGCAUGAAGCCCUUCGGCCAGUUCUAUCUCACCAACAAGUCGCUGCCGGAGUUUCGACCCGACCACGGUCGCACGCCGCCCUGGGACGGCAGUGGGGUGCCCAUUCAGGAGCCCGUGUGCGGCUACGACGGCAUGAAGUGCUCCCGGAUCGAAGACGGCAAGCGGCAGAUCGCAGCCGGCGUGCUUGGCUCGGUGGUGCUGCUGGCCACCAUUGUCAUGCUAUCCAUCUACUGGAUCUGGAAGGAGGAGCAGGAGAUCGUCGGCCUGCUCUGGAAGAUCGACGCCGCUGACCUGGUAGAGACGGGCCAGCCGCGGCCCGGCGAAAGUCCCAGCAAGCUCAGUCAAGCCAGCAUAGCGUCGUACGAGUCGAAAGGGUUCGGCCAGAUCUUCACUCUGACCGGGCGGUACAGAGGCAUCACCGUGCGGAUACAGAAUUUGAACUUCAGCAAGAAAGUAGACAUAUCGCGCGCCGUGAUGAAGGAAAUACGCACGAUGCGUGAACUGCGUCAUCAAAACGUCAACUCCUUCUUGGGUGGCGUCGUUGAACCGAGCUGCUUCAAGAUCGUCAGCGACUACUGCACCCGUGGCAGCCUUCCGGAUAUACUGGAAGGAGACGAGCUGAAUCUAGAAUAUAUGUUCAUCGCCGAACUUAUCCGCGACUUGGUUAAGGGCAUGCUGUACUUGCACACCUCUACGCUGCUCAUGCACGGCAAUCUCAAAUCGUCCAACUGCGUGGUGACCUCCAGAUGGGUGCUCAAGGUCACUGACUUUGGCCUGCACGAGCUGCGCACGAUGUCAGACCGCGACAGCGAGUGUGAUUACCAGUACUACAAGAGUCAGCUGUGGAAGAGUCCGGAACAGCUGCGCUCGCCACCGACAGCGCCGCACCGCUCGCAGGCGGACGACGUGUACGCGUUCGGCAUCAUCCUGCACGAGAUCAUGUGCCGCGAGGGUCCGUUCGGCAGCAGCGCGCCGCGCGAGGAGCCCAAACAGAUCGUGGAGCGGGUGCAGGCGGGACCGGGGCCGGGGCCGGACGACCAGCCGUUCCGGCCCUCCAUCGGCUGUCUGCGGCCGCCUCCCGACAUGCCGGCAGAGUCAGAGAAGCUGGUGGUGGAGUGCAUGCAGCAGUGCUGGAACGAGUCUGACCUGGCCAGGCCCACAUUUCUGGACGUGAAGAAGAUGCUACAGCCCCUCCGCUCCGGACUAUCUGUUAAUCUGGUAAACCAAAUGAUGGAGAAAAUGGAGAAGUAUGCGAACAACCUGGAGGAUCUGGUGAGGGAGCGCACCCACCUGCUGAAUGAAGAGAAGCAGAAGACGGAGGCUCUUCUCUAUCGCAUGCUGCCACCGCCGGUGGCGUACAACCUGACCCGGGGUAUCCCCGUCCAGCCGGAGACGUUCGACUCAGUCACCAUCUACUUCAGCGACAUCGUUGGCUUCACACAGAUCUCAGCCGACAGCUCGCCGCUACAAGUGGUGGAACUGCUGAACGACCUGUACACCCUGUUUGAUGACAUCAUACAGGGCUAUGAUGUCUACAAAGUCGAAACAAUCGGUGACGCAUAUAUGGUCGUGUCAGGUGUGCCCGAACGCAAUGGGAUCCGGCAUGCGGGCGAAAUCGCUUCGAUGGCGCUCAGCCUGCUCCAGGCGAUCCGCAAGCACACGAUCCAGCACCGGCCCAGCGAACAACUCAAGCUGCGCAUCGGGGUGCAUACCGGUCAGGUGGUGGCCGGCGUGGUGGGACUCACCAUGCCGCGCUACUGUCUGUUCGGCGACACCGUCAACACCGCCUCGCGCAUCGAGUCGACCGGCGAGCCGUUGCGCAUCCACAUAUCGGACCGGUGUCACCGCACGCUGGCGCGCCUCGGCGGCUACCGGACGGAGCCGCGCGGCCCCGUACCCAUGAAGGGCAAGGGUCUAGUGGAGACGCACUGGCUGCUGGGCGCCGACGCCGGCACUGUGCAGCGGCGGCGUGUCGACCUGCCGUCGCUGCCACCACUCUUCUCGCGCAGCAGCGUGUGUCACGGCACGGCGGCGCAGUGUGCGUCCACCCUCAGUUUGCCGAGCGAGCGCACACGCGGCUCGGCGGCGGCGACCAGCGGCGCCCCGAGUCCGGCGCCAUCGCGGUCGUCGGAGCGCCCGAACCGGCUGGCCGUGCCGCGCUGCCUCCACCGACCGAACGGACUGCCGCCCAUUCGGGAGUCGCGCAGCCUGGAGAACUUCCGGCCGGCGCCGCGGCUGUCGGCGCCGCCGCACCGGCGCGACUCGCGCUCGGUCGGCAACUGUCGCGACCUGGGGCCGCCGCAGGACCUGGGGCCGCCCGGCGAGGUCCAGCCGCUCAUACCGAGUCCGCGCCUGCUGCAAAUGCGGCUGGCGUCCCAGCUGGAGUCGGCCGCGCUGGCUGAUGAGGAGGAGGCGGAGGAGACGGAGGGUGAGGAGGCUGGUGGCGGCGGCGGCGAGGCAGCAGGGGAGGAGGCGGUGGUGGUGGUGCCGCUGCCGCCGGCCGCCGCGCCGCCCGCCUGGGACUGCCUCAAGGACUGGUUUCGGCGCUUCUUCAGCCGUCACCGACUCGAGCCGCCCAUGCCGCUCAACGGCAAGCUCAAGCACAACGGCUACAGCCUCCACUCGAGCCACGACACGGCCGUGUGAUGCGCCGCGGCUGGGCGACCGCGGCGCCGCCGUGUGAUAGCCCUGGAGACGGCGGUCGGCAGCGGGGCUGGCGCGACGCUGGCCGGCCCCGCAGCGAGGUCCGGCGCCGGUGUGCGCCCCGUUCGUUUGAGUGCCAUGUGGCUGUGGUCCGGCUGGGAGGAGCCCGACCGGCGCGGGCUCCCGCGCCGCGGCGGCAGGGACAACACGCGCCGGGGCCCGCGCGCGCCGGCGGCCCAGCGGGGUGUAGGCAGUUCCAUAGUGUUCAUGAGGAGGCGGCGGCGAAGCGGCCGCCCAAGUGCACAUCUCAUCACACACGAUAUUUGUCACGAAGUUGUUGUUUGAUGUAUUUACCUGUGCUGCCGUUUGUUGUAUUUGCAGCAUGUUUAUUGUAAUUAAUAUAUCAUGAUCAUCCACACCAGUGGCGUGGUGGCCGCGGUGAUGAGUUUGAAAAUUCCAUGAGGUGAUAGCGUGAAUGAAAUGCAAUAAAG